UCUUGUCAGUUAGGUCAGCGGUCAGCCUCGAUUUGUAAUUUUGUAGGCGUAAAUAUUUAUAUUUCUUGUUUAUUGGUGCAAAAAACUUAACAAAAUAAAUCUUCCACCCGAAAUGGCGGGGACGUAUUAUUUUGUAAUUGUAGGUCAUUCGGAUAAUCCUAUUUUCGAGAAAGAUUUUAUCCCUGUUCCAAAGGAGGUUAAGAAAGAGGACAACAGACACUUGAACCAGUUCAUCGCUCACGCAGCGCUAGAUCUCGUAGAUGAGCACAUGUGGAAGGUCACUAACACUUAUCUGAAGUCGGUGGACAAAUUCAACCAGUGGUUUGUGUCCGCUUUUGUCACUGCUAGUCAGAUGCGCUUUAUAAUGGUCCAUGACGCGAGAAAUGAAGAUGGUAUCAAGAACUUCUUCACAGAUGUGUAUGAAGCAUACAUAAAGCUCAUGCUGAACCCAUUCUAUAAAGAAGACACACCGAUAACUCUCCCUGCUUUUGAUAAGAAGGUGCAAUUCUUAGGGAAGAAGUAUUUAACAUAGUCGUGUAUAGAUUACUAGUCAAUUUAUUGUUGAAAGGCUACUCUGAGGCAAAUGCUAAUGUAUAUGAGAUUUUCAGUCUAUGCCAGAUUAUUCUCAGGACUUGUUUUUAUGCAGUUAACCAUCAUUCCAUGGCAAAAUGCCAGUCUUCUAGGCCAUUGCAAGUGUUGCAGCUGUGCAAGUGCAAUUCAAUAGAGAAUAUAUAUUCAUAGAAUAAAUAGUUAUGAUCAAGCUUAUCAAUAAAAUGGAUUUUCAAUAUCAUUUAUCUUAAAAUGCUGAUGAAAUGUUUGUCUCUUAAAACAAGCAAAGGCAGGAAAAUAUUGCCUAGCCUAGGAUAUAAGAAUAUUUAUUACCUAUAAAUUUAUACUAUUGUUAAGGUUGUGUAAAUAAUAAAUGUCUGAUUAAUAGAAA